AUGUCAGACGCUAUUCCGAAUACUGGAUUCUUCGCUGGUAAGACCGUGUUUAUAACCGGCGCCUCUCGUGGUAUUGGAAAGGAGAUUGCGUUGAAGUUGGCGAAAGAUGGAGCCAAUAUUGUGGUUGCUGCGAAGACGGCCACAGCUCAUCCGAAACUUCCAGGCACUAUUUAUACAGCGGCGGAGGAGAUUGAGAAGGCCGGUGGCCAUGCUCUCCCUUGCGUCGUCGACGUCCGUGAUGAAUCUGCCGUGAAAGCCGCCGUCGAUGCAGCCGUCAAAAGAUUCGGUGGAAUCGAUAUCCUAAUCAACAACGCUUCUGCAAUCUCCCUCACAAAUACAGAAGAUACCGACAUGAAGCGCUAUGACUUGAUGCAUUCUAUCAACACACGUGGCACCUAUCUACUCACGAAAACUUGUCUUCCGUACUUGAAGAAAGGAAAGAAUCCACAUAUUCUGAAUAUCUCCCCUCCGCUUGACAUGGAUCCGAAAUGGUUUGGACCUCAUGUCGGGUACACCAUGGCCAAAUUCGGGAUGUCUAUGUGUGUACUUGGCCACCACGAAGAGUUCCGACCAUUUGGAAUCGCUGUGAACGCUCUUUGGCCCCUGACUGCUAUCUGGACAUCUGCAAUGGAAUUUUUGUCCCAUGGAGGAGAUCCCGCUGGAAACCGAAAGGCAUCUAUCAUGUCAGACUCUGCCUAUGUGAUUCUUACUCAAGACUCGACAAAGUUCACUGGAAACUUUUUGAUCGAUGAGGAGAUUUUGAGAAAACAUGGGGUGCAGGAUUUCGAGCAGUAUGAAUGUGUGAAGGGGGCCUCGUUGAUUCCCGACUUCUUUGUUCCAGCGAAGUCGUAUGAAGCAAGAUUUGGGUCAAAGUUGUAA